AUGAAGCAUAAAAGCCUCGUUACAAAAUCAAUUAAGCACGUGGAGACUGGAGUCGGUUAUACAGAAACAUCAAGAAAGCUAGUCAAAAACGUUAAGCAAGUGUCUCCCUCCAUUUAUCUAUCUAUAAAUGCCCACUUUAUUCCACAUUUUUAAAAUUUAAAUUUAAAUUUACCCACCGUAUAAGAAAACAAUAAUUGCUGUUCUUGACUCUGCAAAUCAAACCCAUUACAGUCUUCCUUUUCAGGGAUGCAAAAAUGGUUUUCUUGAGAUUAAUAUUAGCUUUCUUGAUUUAUAAUCUUUCAGUGUUUUGUUCAGUACCCAUAUACUCAGAUUCUUCUAAAAUUUCUAAAGAAUUUCUUGAUAUAGCUAAGAGCCCAGAAAUAUUUGAUUGGAUGGUGAGUAUAAGAAGGAAAAUACAUGAAAAUCCAGAACUGGGAUAUGAAGAGUUUGAGACCAGCAAGCUUAUUAGAGCUGAACUCGAUAAAAUGGGGAUCAAGUACAGAUAUCCUGUUGCUGUUACUGGUAUUGUUGGAUAUAUUGGCUCUGGUGAAGCUCCUUUUGUUGCUUUAAGGGCUGAUAUGGAUGCACUACCCAUGCAGGAACUAGUGGAAUGGGAGCACAAGAGCAAAACUCGCGGUAAGAUGCACGCUUGUGGGCAUGAUGGUCAUGUUGCAAUGCUUCUUGGUGCAGCAAGGAUUCUUCAAGAACAUCGCCAAUCUUUAAUGGGUACAAUUGUUCUUGUUUUUCAACCUGCUGAGGAAGGAGGGGGAGGAGCAUCGAAAAUUUUGGAUUCAGGGAUUCUAGAGAAUGUCAAAGGCAUCUUUGGUCUGCAUGUUUCUUCUGAUUUACCUAUAGGGAAGGUGUCUUCCAGGUCUGGUCCUCUUUUGGCUGCAAAUGGUUUUUUCGAAGCUGUGAUAAGUGGUAAGGGAGGUCAUGCUGCCAUCCCGCACCAUUCAAUUGACCCCAUUUUAGCAGCUUCAAACAUAAUUGUGAGUUUACAGCACCUUGUUUCACGAGAAGCAGAUCCUCUUGACUCUCAGGUUGUUACAGUUGCAAAAUUUCAAGGUGGCAGUGCGUUCAACGUUAUUCCAGAUUCUGUAGUCAUUGGCGGCUCCUUCAGAACAUUCUCCAAGGAAACAUUUGCGCACCUCAAGCAGCGAAUUGAGGAGGUUAUUAUCGGACAAGCAGCUGUACAGAGGUGCAAUGCAACUGUUAAUUUUCUAGAAAAAGAUUUUUGCCCUCCUACUGUAAAUGAUGAGGCCUUGCACAAACACUUCCAGAACGUAGCAGGAGACUUGCUCGGCAUUUCUAAUGUGGAAGACAUGAAGCCAUUGAUGGGAUCUGAGGAUUUUUCAGUUUACCAAGAGGCUAUACCGGGUUACUAUUAUAUCCUGGGAAUGAAAAAUGAAACGAAAGGGAAGUUCCCAUCACCACACUCACCUUAUUUUGAAAUCAAUGAGGAUGCAUUUCCAUUUGGUGCUGCACUUCAAGCGUCACUAACUGCUAGUUACCUUCUUGAAAUCCAAUCAGAAAAUCCUCAGGUGAAGGACGAUUAUCACGAAGAAUUGUAAGGUACCUGUAUGUAGCAAUCCCCAAACACCUCUGAUAUUUCAUAGAGGUUUAAAUAACAGAGACAACAUGAAACUCAUGAGAAGAAGUGUCUGUAUUGAACACAAGAAACUAUUCCAACUGCAAAUUACAUAUA